AAUUUCAACCCCCACCCUCCAUUUCUUAAUUUUUUUCCGGAAUUUUUUUUUUUGCGAAAUACGUACAAACAUACGGAGAUUAUGAUUCUGAAAAAAAAAAUUGUUUGUAAAAUUUCAAUUUCUCAAAAAAAUUGCUCUGAAAGAAAUCUUUUGCAGAAGGUUAUCCGAUGACAGUUAAACAUAUUCCACUUCAAAUUUUGAAGACCAGCAAUUACACCAUCAGCCAAUGUUAGCCUGAUUCUACAAGUUUUGAUUAAUUGGAUGUGAGAUAUUUUCCUGGAAUUGAAGUUCUUUCAGUAGUAUUUAUGGGAAAAUUUUGUGUAAAAGUUAAACUGAGAAGAUUUACCAUAAAGUCUUAACUGAUUUGUGUGUACGGAUUUAGAUAUUUAGACAUGACCUUGCUAAUUGGAGUGAGUUUAUUUACCACUAGUUAAUUAUAAGAGUCUAUUCUAAUAAAUUUUCUUGAAAGCAUUUCUAAUCAUCUUGAACAUAAACAAACUUUGUUAAUGUCCACCAUACAGGGAUAAUAAAGUCUUGGAAAUAUUUCUGUUAUAUAUUACAAAAACUACAGAAAGAAGUUAAAAGAAAUUUUAUAUUUUAGGGAAAAAAGAGAAAAUUAUGGUUUUUAAUGAAUCACAGACUAAAAUUGUUGAUUCAUCUGGUCAGACACAAGAAAACCUAAAAGAGAAAUCACACAUUUGUGAUAUAUGUGGAAAGAUAUUCACAUCAUUAAACAAUUUAAUUGAACAUAAAUUAAUUCAUUCAGUAUUGAAGCCGUAUCACUGUGAAAUUUGUGGUAAAUCAUUCACUAAAAGCAGUUUCUUAUCUCAACAUGAACGUAUUCAUACAGGAGAAAAACCGUUCCACUGUGAUAUUUGCGGUAAAGCAUUUUCUCAGAGUGGUCAUUUGUCUUCCCACAAACGUAUUCACACAGGAGAGAAACCAUAUCAUUGUGAUGUCUGUGGCAAAGCUUUCUCCCACAGUUGUAGUUUGUCAAACCAUAAAGGUAUCCACACGGGAAGGAAGCCAUACAAGUGUGACAUCUGUGCAGAAACAUUCUCUUGCAGUGGCAAUUUGUCUUCUCACAAACGUAUCCACACAGGAGAGAAACCAUUCCAAUGUGAUGUCUGUGGCAAAAUGUUCUCUCAAAAGGGUAAUUUAGCUGACCACAAAUAUGUUCACACAGGGGAGAAACCCCACGUCUGUGUUAUUUGUGGCAAAACAUUCUCUCAAAGCAGUAGUUUGUCUUCUCACAAACGUAUUCACACAGGAGAGAAACCAUACCAUUGUGAUAUUUGUGGUAGAACAUUCUCUCACAGUAGUGGUUUGUCUUACCACAAACGUAUUCACACAGGAGAGAAACCAUACCAUUGUGAUAUUUGUGGUAAAAUAUUCUCCCAAAGUGGUAGUUUGUCUUCUCACAAACGUAUCCACACAGGAGAAAAACCAUACCAUUGCGAUAUUUGUGGUAGAACAUUCUCUCUCAGUGGUAGUUUGUCUUCCCAUAAACGAAUCCACACAUAAGAGAAACCAUAUCAAUGUGUGAAAUUUGUGGUGAAAAGUUUUCUGGAAGUUUUGGUUUGUCUCAACAUGAACAUGUCCACACAGGAGAUGAACCAUACCAUUGUGAUAUUUGUGGUAAAGCAUUCUCUGAAAGUGGCAGUUUAUCUUCCCAUAAACAUAUCCAUACAGGAGAGCUCUAAAGAUGGAACAAACUCAAGCCUAUGUGAUGCCUGAUGUAUUGAGAAUUUGCCCUUUUGGGAUAUGGUCCAGUAUGAAAUGUUUCAGAUGUUGUGGUAGCAUCUCAUGUCCAAUGUCUUUUUUUUACUUUGAAUCCAUGUUACACAUGUAUACAAGAUGAUGGAAAGUGCAGGAAUCUGAUGUUCUUCAUUGUGAUAUUCUUACCUCUCCAUAUUGGUUUGAGUUUGGUUAAUUCAGGCAUUAUCUGUGAAGUUCUUGCAAGCAUUUCAGGCCUCGAUCCAUUAUCUUUAAUAACUGACCACAAGUUUUUGCUGUGCUGCACUAUCUCUAGUUUUUGUCCUUGUACAGAGAUGUCUGUUGAGAUGGUGCCAUUGGUAUUUAUUUAUAUUUUUUUCCCAUUGAUUCCCAUCCCAAACUUGGUGGAAGCUUUAUCAAACUAAUCCAAUCAAUUCUUCUCAUUUGGCCAGGCUAUCAAUGUUGUCAGCAAAUCUCAAAUUUGUCUUAUUCCUCCUUCUGAUACUAAUUGUGUGCACAUGGUUGUUAAAGGUAUUGCUCAUGGUCUGCUUCAGGAAUAUGUUGGGGUAAAGGAGGCAGCCCUGGUAAACUCCUACAGUAUGGCAUCACUCUUCAAAUUGUAUGAGUACUGCAAUGGUUGUCUUCACAUAAAUUUUGUUAAAUAGUCUGAAUUAGCUUCUGCUCCAUGUUGAAUUUUUUCAUUGUGAGUCUUGGAAUGUCAUGCCUGAUACUAUCAAACAUCUUAAGGACUAUGAAAACAUGGUAAACAGUUUUAUAUGUAGUACAUUAAACCAAUUAUAGUACAUUAAACCAAUUAUAUAAUUUACAGACUUGAUCAAUGUAUGAUAAAACGUUCUUCAGUUUUCCAAACUGGUCUUUAUCAACUGUUUAAUUUGAAGCUAUGUAAUUGAUGUUAUUUGAUAUUAAAUAAGGCAGCGAGCUGGCAGAAAUGUUAGCACACCGGGCGAAAUGCUUAGCAGUAUUUCGUCUGUCUUUACGUUCUGAGUUCAAAUCCUGCUGAGGUUGACUUUGCCUUUCAUCCUUUCAGGGUCGAUAAAUUAAGUACCAGUUGCAUACUGGGGUCAAUUUAAUCGACUAGUCCCCUGCCCCCAAAUUUCAGGCUUUGUACCUUUAGUAGAAAGGAUUAUUUGAUACUAAAUAUUAGAGAUUAUUGUGCAGAGAAUGAGAGAUGAACACUUGAUUAACUUUGUAUAUUAAAUGAUAACGAUGGUGGUUUAUCUAGUAAACAUGUGAUGUAGCCAGUUUAUUGAUGGUAGACAAGUCAGACACACUCACAGUAAAAUAUAUUUCCCAGUCACUGAUAAGAAUGUGAUACCUGUUGUGUAAAAAGCUCCAUAUGUGAUCCAUUGUUAUUACCUAGAACAAGCAAGUUGUGAAUAUUGCAUCCUUUAUGAAAUAAAAUAACUAAAUUGUUGUAAUUUUUUCUACUGUUGGUAAUAC